AUGGACUCUGUCACCAUUAUUCGCCAGCAUCAGAGCAGUAUCCGUGUUCUACAGCCAAUUCUACGCGCAUACGCACUUGGUUAUUUAUCUUCAACUGUCCCUAGAGUAAUAAUCUGUCUACGGCGAAUUCGGGGGCAUGGCUUAAGCUUCGGAGAGCAGCUCAAAGAGGCAGAGCAGAGAAAGCUCAGACCGGAGCCGCAUAGCCGUCCCCAGUUGGCAGGUAGAACCAUGGACCUUACCCUUUUCAGCCUUACAAGAGCAGUCGAUUUGGUGGUCUACAUGGGUUGGGCAAAUUGGCGGCGAUGGCGAAAGUCCAGGGGUCAGUGGACUCUAGUGGAGCGUGUUGCUCCCCAACUCACAGAUGCGGGUGUGUUUGCCACGAGCGCAGCGAUAGUGAUGUGGGCAUGGUUUUAUAUGCCUGAGAGACUACCAAGAUCUUACGGUAAAUGGAUAGGAGAAGUAGCAAAGGUGGAUGGCCGCCUGAUCGAAGCACUUCGCCGUGCUAGGCAAGGUGUCUUUGUGUACGGGAAAGACACCGGGCAAGCACCACUACUUCAGUCCAUGUGCAAAGAUUAUAAUUGGCCCGUGGAAUGGGGAGACCCUUCCAAGACCAUCCCGAUACCGUGUGAGAUGGUCCACAUGGGUAGUGGUCAUAGCUGUGAAAAGCAUGCUCUGUCUCGAUUCACUCGAACGUUCAAGUUCGCCUGUGCUACCUACAUCCCUCUACAGAUCAUCUUUCGUUUGCGGUCAGUAAAGUCCCUGUCAUCACUCAAACAGCCCAUAACUGCCGCCUUGCGCUCGUCUGCCUUCCUUGCUUCAUUUGUGAGCUUAUUCUACUACUCCGUCUGUCUUGCGAGAACAAGGCUUGGCCCCAAAAUAUUUCACCGUGGUAUAGUAACUCCAAUGAUGUGGGACUCUGGGCUUUGCGUCGGCGCCGGAUGCCUGAUGUGCGGUUGGAGCAUACUCGUGGAGAGCGCACGGAAGCGACAGGAGAUUUCAUUAUUUGUGGCUCCCAGGGCUGCCGCAACUGUUCUGCCAAGAUACUACGAGAAACAGGUGAGUUAA